AAUUAUUUUUCCUUUACAUGGAUAUGAAUAUAAAAUUAUAUUAUUUAUAUAAAAACUGGAUCAAAAUUAUUUAAUUUUGUCAUUAAUCUACAAUUAAAUAAUGAUUUUUUGAAGGUCUAGUUAGGAUUUACUAAUUUUUUUUAAUAGAACUGAGUUUUUCGAAAAAUAUGUGAUUACGUACUUAUAAGAAAUGACUGUAUAUAAGAGUGGUAAAGAACUUGAGUAAAUAUUUAUUAGUAUGGCAUAAUAACUUGGAAUAAAUGAUACGGUGUCUGUUUGAAAUAACAUUAACUUCUAGCGUGGUUAGAAAUUGGAAAUUUUCGUAACUUCUAUAAUUUUGAUUUCAAAUUUGGAGUAUUUCUAUCAGUGAUAAUUAGGAUUUUUGAAAAAAUCCGUAUGUAAAUUUCUUUAAUUACUUUUCCUAUUGUCAUGUAAAUAAAAACAAUUUUUCUGUCGCUUUUUUUGUUCUCAAUUGCGUAAAUGUAGAGUACUCCCUAUAGCAGGAACCAAGUUAAGAUAUUUUGGAAAAUGUAGCUGAAGAACAGGUUUGAGAAACCAAUAAAUCGAGCCAAAAUCAAAAUGUAGCAGAUUUGUAUGUACUGACGUUGAUGGUGUUAAAACGAAGAAAAUAUGUUGAAGAACAUCUCAAUGGCCUCAAUGGUGGAUUAAAUUUGUUAAUGUAUGGAAGCAAUGUUUCGACGAACUGACCGGUUAUCCGUAUUACUGGAACAAAAAUACUGAUGAAGUCACUUGGAAUCAGCCGAAAAGUUUUGAAAAAAACUAUAAACCUCCAUCUAAAAUCACACCUGAUAAGAACCGUGUAUUGAAUAAAGAAAUUAAACCCCCUAGUUCCAACAGUGUUCCAAAAGAUUUGAUAAAAAUAUAUUCAGUUGGAGAAACUAUGAAACAGAUGCCAAAAAAACCCGUGUCAAAAUUAGACAAAAAGCAAACGAAGAGGAAAUAUCCAAAGGGAGACGAUUCGGAUGACGAGAAAAUUGUGUUGAUAUCAUCAUAUGGUACAGAUUCUGAAUCAGAAGAUGAUACAAAAAAAGCUAAAAAAGAUAAAACGUCUGUCGAUUCAGACAAAUACAAUUCCGAAGAAGACGACGAUUUUGAUAUUUUAGCUAAAAUUCAAAAGAGAGCUCAAGAAUUGAAAGAACUAGGAGGCGAUAUUCCCGUCGAAAUAAAAGAAGUAGUGGAAACGUCGAAAAGAGAACUCCUAGAAGGACCUAAAAACGGUCCUUCAUUAGUAGCCAGUUAUUGUAGCGACAGCGAAGAAGAAAACGACGAAAUCAAAAAGAUAUUCCCGAAUAAUCCUGAACCAGUACAAGUUUCCCACAGUACUCUAUUCCCAAUUACCAAACCGAUAAAUGUUAAGGAUUUCGUCCAACCACAUCCUGAUUUAAAUACCGAUCGUACACCUGAUGUUGAUAAAACCGAAAUUUUCGAUGCGAAAUUAUUCAAAAGGAAAAAGAAAAUAGCCGUCCCGUUCGUUGGUCCUGUAAAAAAGGAUAAUCAGGACGGUGAAUCCAGGAAAGGAUUGGGUUACGAUAAGGAAAAUAAAUCUACGGAAAAAAAUAGUAACGGGAUGUAUCUGGGAUUUAGGAAAGGGGGCGUCGAAUUUGUAAAAUCCGACGUCUUGAAUCCUCCGGUUAAUAACGUUGAAGAAAAUUCUGUAAAUAAAUCUCAAGACGACAAAGAAACUGAGGAAAUCGAAAAUAUGUAUUCGAUCCUUAAGGACAAAUUGUUAUUUUUAAACGAAGGUCGACCAACUUUAUCCUCGGUACAAUCCAUGGUGAUACAAGCCGAAACAUUAAUGACUGCUUUAAACGAUGGGGCGUUGAAAGGAUCUUAUAUUAAAAAGUGGUUGGAAGACACAUGUUCCGAAAUGAAAAAAUUAGAAAAAGAGGCAGCUCCGACCGGUUGGGUACUACAAUGGGACAAGAUACAUAGAAGGUAUUUUUAUCAAAAUAAACAAAACGGUACCAGUCAAUGGGAAUAUCCCCAACCGGAUACUAAUACCAACGACGUAGCCAUGGAUAUAUCGACUACGCCGCCUCCAGUAUUAGAUAUCGAACCGGAAGAAUUGUCACCGCCUUUACCGCCAGUUUUACGCAGUCCCAGUCCGCCGCCACCACCUAUAAUCAGUAUAGACGACGCAGCGGAAAUUCCUUUACCAAAUUACGACGUACCUUUAGACGUCGAUGCUGUUCAAUUAGUUUCUCAAAAAGUCGAAUUGAACGGUCAACCUCUACCUCCAGGCGUUGAUCCGGCUGAUGUCGCUACCGCACCUCCACAACAAACUGUACAAUUACCUCAAGAAAAAGUGAGACUUUAUUCGCAAUCCAUAAAUACGUAUAUGGGGAACCCAAUAAUGCAAUGGGGUAGCUGGAGCUGCCUUCUACCCUCUAGAUUGUUCUGCAGAGUCUUAUACUUCGAUAGAACGUCGAGGAUAUGUAGGAAGUCUUAUUUACAAUCUUACAUAAAUUAUCGAGUUCUGUUUAGUCUCAAUACAACAAUAAUACGCCUUCCAUUGUGUGGAAAGCUUCGCGGAACCUUUUUGGAGCAUCUUCUCACCCCUUCAGCUUGAUAACGAUUCUCCAACCAUCCGGAACUUUUUCUAUUUCUUCGUUUUCUUUUUUUCUUUUUUCAACAUCAUUUCGGUUUUCGUCUUUGAACCCAUUGGGUAUGAUUAGGUUAGGUUGGGAGAAAUCCUCAUGGACACCCGGUAUAGUUGUCGGAUUUUACUGACUAAUACUCUCUCCCCCAUCAGGGAGAUUCUAACAAGGAGUGUCUUGUGUUCGUGCCUUCUAUUUGUCCAGACUUAGACACUUGUGAUAUUUAUUUUAUGUUUUUUUUGUUGUUAUGGGAUAAAUAUUAACAAGAAGUUUGAAAAAAUCAUGUCUACUGGGUAUGUUUUAAUUGUUAAUUUGAAUUGUUUUAUAGGACAGUUUGAAUUCGGCGUUGGAUUCUUUUUAUUCGGAUAUAGCUGCUAUUAGUUCGCCUUUACCUCAACCUGAAGAAGCUAAUCGGGUAACUGCUACAGUUGCACCAGUUUUGUCCGAAAUACCAGCGGAAAGUGUAAAGAAAAAGAAAAAA